UCUCUCUCUCUCUCUCUCUCCUCUCUCUCUCUCUCCUGACAAACACAGUGCUAGAGAGAGAAAACUGAAAGCUCAACGGCAAUGGAUGAGGAUUCGGCUUUGAUCGAGCAAAUUCUCAGAGAAGACCAGCAACAGAAUGGUGUAGGAAGCCAUGAAAACGAUGCCUACGCUUGGAAAACGGUGUCGUACCAGAAGCGAAACAAGAAGGCUUUGAAACCAUCGCAGGAGACUAUCGCCGGCGAUCUCCGCCUCGACACUGCUUCCGACGUUUUCCGAACGAUCGAGCAGUACUCGGAGGAUCGUCGCAGGCGAGCCGCAGAGGCGCAGAGGGCCGCCGCGGCGGCUUCUGCCGUUGAUGUCGUCGCCAUCAAAGGAUCGAAGCGGCAUUCGGACGACGAAGACAGCGACGAGGAGGCUCCCGGCGCGGAAAAUGGCGGCGUCGUCGAGGUGAAGAAAACGAAGCCGAAAAAGCCGAAGAAACCGAAGGUUACGGUGGGGGAAGCAGCGGCGAAAAUUGACGCCGCUCAUCUCGGUGCUUUUCUUGUCGAUAUUACCGCGUCCUAUGAGGAGCAGCAAGAUAUACUGCUGAUGCGGUUCGCUGAUUACUUUGGCCGCGCAUUUGCCUCAGUGACUUCGUCCCAAUUCCCCUGGUUGAAGAUAUUCAAGGAGUCUACUGUCGCAAAGAUGGUUGAUAUCCCUUUGUCUCAUAUAUCUGAAGAUGUUUAUAAAACCUCAGUUGACUGGCUUGCCCAGCGAUCUCCUGAAGCACUUGGGUCUUUUGUAUUAUGGUCAUUGGAUAGCAUUCUCGCUGACUUUGCAAGCCAUCAAGGCACUACCAAGGGAUCAAAGAAAGUAGUUCAACAAACAUCUUCAAAAUCUCAGGUUGCCAUAUUCACUGUUUUGGCAAUGACACUGCGACGGAAGCCUGAUGUCUUAAUCAGUUUGUUGCCUAUAAUGGGGGACAAUCUAAAGUAUCAAGGACAAGACAAGCUUCCAGUCACCGUCUGGGUGGUUGUACAGGCGUCCCAAGGUGAUUUGGCUGUUGGGUUGUAUAUGUGGGUACGUCUUCUCUUGCCCGUGCUGUGUGGCAAGUCAUGUAAUCCACAGUCCAGGGACUUGAUUCUUCAGUUGCUGGAGAGAAUGUUGUCCUUGCCUAAAGCUCGCACUAUUUUAGUUAAUGGUGCUGUAAAAAAAGGGGAACGCUUGGUGCCCCCAUCAGCUCUUGAACUUCUGAUGAGAGUUACAUUCCCAUCCCCAUCAGCUCGGGUUAAGGCAACAGAGAGGUUUGAAGCUGCUUAUCCAGUCUUAAAAGAUGUUGCGCUUGCUGGUUCCCCUGGAAGUAAAGCAGUGAAACAAGUUGCUCAGCAGAUAUUGCCCUAUGCAGCCAAAGCUGCUGGAGAAGGGGUUGCUAACCUAUCUAGCGAAGCAUGUGACAUUUUUAUUUGGUGUUUGACCCAAAACCCUGAAUGUUACAAGCAGUGGGAUGUGCUAUAUCUUGAUAAUCUCGAAGCAAGUGUUUCUGUUUUGAGAAAGUUGUCGGACGAAUUGAAGAAGAAGUCCAUUAAGCAUGCUACUCUUGACCCUUUAAAGCAAACAAUGAAACGUUUCAGGCAAAAGAAUGAGGAAGCCUUGACAGAGUCUGAAAAUGCCGAUUGUGCUACAUUGUUGAAGGAUGCAGACAAGUACUGCAAAAUAAUUUUAGGACGAGUUUCUCGUUGGGGUGGAUGCCUGAAAAGCAUGAUUUUCGUUUCUGUUGCCCUUGCUUUAGGUGCUGCCAUCAUGUCACAAAACAUGCAAGAUUGGGACUUGGACUUGAAAAAACUGACUACAAUGUUCAAUUUACAAUGAACCCAGAGAGAAUUCUGCGAAAAACUGUUGGGCAGCAUAGUGGCUCAUAUAAUUCUGGUAUGUUUCAUUAUGUUCUGCAUAGACCAGGUCAAAUGGUCUUGAAGAUUACUCAGUGCAAGAUGGCAUGAAGAGUUUCUUUGAAUUGCAGACGCUAAGAAGCAGCAGUGCCUGGUGCCGGAAUUCUGCAAGCUGAACAUUCUACAGACCGUGAUGCUGUCUGGUUAGGCUUGAAUUCAGUUAUAAUGACUCGUUAUUAUUUGAUGACUAAUUUAUAGUGGUUUGUGUCUAUGUCAAAUUUUGAAUCAUAAAUAAUUGGAAUUAUACAUGGAUGAAAAAUGAAUCUCGGAAAGAGAUGAAUGCUUUAAACCAUAA